CUUAUCAGGUGGUUGCUGAGCGGCAGCAGUAGGAGGGCCAGGAGAAUUAGAAAGGGGGGUAGAGAAAUGUAAUUUCUGUUGCAUCUGGCCCUUAGCCCUCUGACCAGGCCAGUCCUACAACAGCUCCUCGCAGGAAGCCUAUAUGAACGAGAAAGCAGAAGCUGUCUGACUUUAGAGAAAUUUUGUCAGUGUCAGUCUCAGCAUGGCCGGGGGCUCGGUGUUUGAGUGUAAGGAGUACUUGUUCAAAGUGCUGGUCAUCGGGGAAUUAGGCGUCGGGAAAACCAGCAUCAUCAAACGCUACGUGCACCAGCUUUUCUCGCAGCACUACAGGGCGACGAUCGGGGUCGACUUUGCACUUAAAGUUAUCAACUGGGACAGCAAAACUCUGGUUAGGUUACAACUGUGGGAUAUCGCAGGUCAGGAACGAUUUGGGAACAUGACGCGGGUGUACUACAAAGAGGCUGUGGGGGCAUUCGUGGUGUUCGAUGUGACAAGGGGCUCCACAUUUGAGGCAGUGUCUAAGUGGAAGCAUGACCUGGACAGCAAGGUGAAACUGGCUAAUGGCAACCCCAUCCCCUCAGUGCUGCUCGCCAAUAAAUGUGACCAGAAGAAAGAGAGCUCCAACAACACAGCCCUAAUGGACAAUUUCUGCAAAGAGACUGGCUUUCUGGGCUGGUUUGAAACCUCAGCUAAGGACAACAUCAACGUGGACGAGGCAGCACGUUUCCUGGUAGAGAAUAUCUUGGCUAACGACAAAGGUUUGCCAUAUGAGGAGAGCAAUGGAGACCGGAUCAAACUGGACCAGGAGACUGUGGCUGCGGAGAGCAAGUCAGGCUGCUGUUGACAGUCAAUCCAUUCGUAUUAGCCAUCCGCCUCCCUUUGGCAGGGUCCAACCCGAGGACCCAGCCUGUGGCUCUCGGCCCUCUCCUGCAGCCUCUCUGAGGAAUAUGAAUUAUUGAGUCUUCAAAGCUUCAGGAUCUUCUCCUCUCUGCACUGAUGCCCGUUUGUCCUACACAUCUAAUUUUCUCAUUGUAGUUUUCCCUAGGCCAGAAUAAAAGCCCAAUUUUAUCUUGAUGUUGCAAAUGUUGUCACUGCCUCUAUCAGGCUGUUUCCUUUUUUUGUCCCACACCUCUAAACUACAACAUCUUUAUUAUUAUGUUUGUCUCACUCCAUAUUUCCCUGAUUGUGUAUUCAACCACCAACUAUGAACCCCACCCAGCCCUCCACACUUGAACCCUGCUGCUCCUCCUGUUGCCCUGACAGCCUCUGAAGCUCUGGACUAUACAACGCCUAGGAAGGGGUGCCAACUAAGCAGAGAUUUUAAAACUGCCUGUAGCUUCUUAAUUUCUGUCACUUUGGUCUAUUCUCUCUCAGUAUCCUUGUCAUUCAACAUUUAUCUGUGAAACAAGACACUUCAUUGUUCAAGUAUUUCUUUAGUUAACAUGGAUGGAUGUAAAUGACAAUAAUUAUUUUCAGCACACUCAUGUUUGUGUUUACAGCUGUUCUUUAGACUACUGUGUAAAAGUAAGCAAAGGCAUCACAGUUAGGCAUCACAGUUAAGCAUUAUCAAAAUGUUAUCAUAUCUCGUAUCGCUGUCAUGAAUUGUUGUCUUUAUGCUGUAUUUUGUCUGACGUAAGGUGCCAUAAUACAGUUUUUGUUAAGGUAAUUAGAGGGGAACACUUUUUGUUAUUCACUCGAACAUUUAUGGACGGACAAUACAGUAUUUCACAAAAAAACUCUAAUAACCGGAUCAUAUGAGGCACUGUUUUUCCACUAGUAUAAAAAUGUAGAUCUGAUUUACAGUAUGUCUUUUUUUUAUGUGUUGGGUCAAGUAUUAUGCAACUUGUGACCGAAUCAGAAAGGGGACUACACUCUUGUAUGUAUGAAAGUGUUCAGAUGAAAUAUGAAGGAUUUAAAAAAAUUUUUUAGUUGAGAUUACAUUUUCUUGUUAAAAUACUUCAAAUCUGAAAGACCAAAAUAGAAUAAACAUUUUAACAUA